CCUUCUUGGCGCAGCUGUCAAAAUGGUAUCAUUUUGAAAUUGGUAUAUUCUUGGGAGCACAUCUACCAGCAGCAUAGAUUAAUAGUUUGCAGUGUAAUAUUGGAGCAUUAGGAUAUUGGCACAGUCGUCGGGCAGCAGAUCGUAAUCGUGACAAACGGAUGCAUCCGAUGCUUUCGCUGAAGUUGUUGUGAAAAGUGUUUUUGCUCCUGCACUGCACAUCAUACCGCAGUCUUGAGGUCAACGUGACGUGGGUGCACGUUGAAUCCGGUUCUCUGUAACAUUUAGGGUUGUGAUAAAUUUAAAACGAGUAAAAAGAGCGAAAACAUCCACCAGUAGCAAAACGAUGGGCAAAUCGUCGCAAGUUGCUGUGGAUCAUGAUAGCAGCAGUGAUCGCAUAACAGCUCGCGUUGGAUCGCGCACCAAGAAAGCGAAAGUAGUGUUCGAUCCUUCGGAUCAUCAUGUGCCGCGGAAGCGCAACCGUCGCGGCGAAAACGAUGUUGCUGCAACGGGAACACCCAAAUCGGAAUCAAACCGUACAGCAACGCCCUCAUCGCCUUCGCCCACCGAUGGUUCGAGCAAUCAUAAUCAGAUGCCAACCACAACACCACCAGCAACAGUAGCAGCAGCACCAGCAGCAACAGCAGCAGCGGCAGCGAUACCAGCCGCUGGGCAGCGUGGCACGGCAUCGACCUCGUCGUACCGUGCAUGUCAGAAAUGUGGACGAAGUGGUCCGGGCCGAAUGCCUCGCAAAACACCCACAACAGCCUGGACCUGUUCUGCGUGUCUUGUAAAUAAGACAGAAAGCAAAACGGUCAGCGCCACCACCACCACCAAACAGCAGGUGCAAGCGGAAAAGCGUACCAACAAACCACGCAGUGGCCGCGGAACUACGGAAGAAGAGGAAGAAGAUGAUGAUAUUCACGACGCGCAGGAAGAAGAGGACUUGGAUGAAGAAGACAAUAAGCAGCAGCAUGAUUUCGCCGGAUUCAGCGAGAUGGAACUCGGUGGCCAUGUGGGGAAUGUGAAUACUGCAUUGACAGAUGAAAGGCUGUCGGUUCCAAUUAAACACGAGCUUAGCACGGACAGUGACGACGGGCAGACGAGCGAGCUGCACAAACGCACUUCCGCAGGCCCAGCGACAAAAGGUGGCCAAAGCGAUGACGACGAAGAAGGUACCGAUGAGUCUAGGAAAGAAAUACGUUACUGGACCUGCGACGACGUUUGCCGCUUCUUUAGCAAACAUUGUAAGGCAUGGGGUGAUAUCUUUCAAGAACAGGAAAUCGAUGGCCCUUCGUUGCUUUUGAUGCGUAAAACCGAUGUACUGUCUCGGUUCGGUCUGAAACUCGGUCCGGCAAUGGAGCUGUAUCAACGGAUCGUAGCCCUGCAGAACGGAGACAGAGACAUAGUCGAUGUGCGGCUUACAUGGAUUUGAAGCAACGUUGUGGAUGUGCUGUCGCUCGCUGAUCAUCUACGUAUCGUGUAAAGCGUAUCAUCUGCUCUAGAAAUUAUAAUGUUUGGUACAGUUUGAGCGUAAAGUAGAGAUGUAUUGUUUAUCCAGCAAACAACGUAGAAUUGCAACUACGAGAUCCGUAGCCAGGCCUGUGCUCAUUUGUUUGGGAACUGCGUUUUGAUAAUAAGGAACAAUAAACACAAAAAGUAAUGAUCGAA